CGACGUUUAGUUUCAAAACUCUCCGGCUAUAUAUCUCUCUCUCUCCUUCAAUCCUUCUCCAUGUUCUCCGGUCCACUAAAAUCGAAACUUCAAUAGCAUCUAUUAGACGUUUCCAUUUUCCGGCCGCCGGAACAUUCUCCAUUCGCUCACAUUUCCCAAUUUUCAGAAUGUGUAGAGCAAUUUUGAUUUCUUUGUUGUUAUUGUUUGUGGUUGAUUUCGGUAGAGCACAGAGCAACAAUGCGCCUGCAGGAGCGCCCAUUAAUUCACAAGCGCCGGAGAGUUCCUCGACGCCGGCAGUUUCUCCGGCGCAUACUCCGUCCAGUCCUCAUGCAUCCCCUGCGAAGUCUCCGACUUCUUCGCCGCCUACCGCCUCCACUCCGAAAAUUUCUCCUUCAAUGCCGACUUCUCCGAAAACCAGCCCAUCUUCUUCUCCUUCCCAAACUCCGACAACAAGUCCACCGCCAAGUAAACUAUCUCCGGCGCCCGUUCCGUCGUCCAGUGGGACUGCUCCGGUUCCAUCUCCGACGAUUCUUCCGCCUUCGUCUGAAACUCCAGUGAGCACCCCGGAAAUUUCUCCACCUACGGCUGAAACUCCGAUGACCGCUCCGGUAUCAUCUCCUCCCGCAUUAAGUCCGACCGUGGCAGAUGUUCCGGCAACAUCUGCAACUCCGUCUACAUUGCCAAGUGUUCCUUCGAGUUCAGCAACACCUUCGGAUGCACCAGAGGCGUUCCCAUCAAGUGUCAGUCCACCUAGUCCAACACCGGCCAGUUCAUCGCCGGAGACUGCAGAGGGUCCGGUUGGUGAUUCUUCGGGUUCAAAUGCCCAUCAUGGGGAAUGCAUCGUUUUUAGUGGGCUGGCUAUUUGGGCCGCUCUGGCUAUUUAAGUAAAGGAUUAUUUUUUCCACCAACUUCUAUUUAUUUAUUAAUUGUUAUUGUUGUCGUGUGCUUAUAUUCACUAAUAAACCCUCUGUACUGAAAUUUAUGAGUUUUUCCCCUGUAUUGAUAAUUACUUUCAUGCUGGACUUGUAAAAACCUAUUUCCAUUUGACAAAUUUAUAAUUUUAUUUAGAUUUAAUUUAUAAACCAAAU